GUAAUACCUAUUUUUAAUCUGUAAGAAUUUAAUUAAUUUGAACCAAUCAGAAGCACCGUGAUCAGAAUACAAACGUAGCCCGUCAAAUAAUGUCAAAUUAAUAUUAUUUUGACAUUCAGGAGUUCGAUUUGAUAAAAUUUGCGAUUGGUUUGCAUCUUAAAUGCGAAAUUGUCUCUGUUCUGUAGUGAAAAGUUUAACGAAACAACAAGAAAUUAAAUUCUAAACAUGGUGUACGUUAAAGGAGAUGGCACUGUGGUUGAGCGGAGUCCGUUCAGUCUUUUUGGCUGGUUUUGGGGAGCAGUGGACUUUGUGUAUCUCCUGUUUAUGACUCUAGUGAAUCCGAGCUACAACAAGCAUGGAGAUAAGUACGUGAGGGACUUCCGGCCUCCGGGCAGUGGACCACCGAAACCGCCUUCGCGCAAGUUCGGAGGCUUCGGUCCGUCCGGGUCGGGGCCUUCGCCCCCACCGAUGGGGGGCGGAUGCGGCUGCGGCUAAUCACCCACAUUCCGAACUGAAGAGAUAGUGGUAUGGAUGUUUAAAAACGACUACUGUGAUUUUUGUUAUAACCUAAAUUACUACCAUCAAUUUUGUUUGAGUCAUUUUUUUUUAAUAAUCUGUCAAAGCAAGAUUUGAAAAGACGUUAUAGUUUGUUCCCUUUUUAAAUGUUACUUUUAUUGUAGCCACGGUGUCUUGGUAUUGCUAUCUCACACAUUCUACCUUACGAUUAAAAAGCAGAUCCUGUGAUUUUCAUUACUUUUUUUAGGUAACAAUAUGUUUUGUGUGCUUUGUAUAAAAUGUAAUAUAAAUUAUACAUUUCCUAUAUAAUCCACUCCAAAUUUCAAAUCUCUAUACAAAAAAACAAUUUGCCAUUAAUAAUGUACAUUUUAUGAUCAUACCACUAUCUUUUAAAUAUGACUUUCCAUAUUUACUGUUUUACAAAUAAAAAUAAUAAUUGAAUGAGUUAUAAUAUCAUUAAUACUUAUUUAGAUUUAAGUAAAAUGUCUGGCCAAGUGUGCAUCAGAGUGCAAGGUCUGAUUUACUAAAUUAAUGGGGUCCUUAUUAAAAAAAAUGAUGAAUGUUGCAACUAAUGUUUAGUCCUUGAGUCUCGAUAAUAGCCGGAAGGAAAAGUAAAAAUCUCAGUUAGCUAACUUAUAAAAUAUUAUAAUCAUGCAUUCAUUUAGUUUACAAUAACUCUAUUUUGUAUGCCGGCAUAGGUUUUUUUUAAAUACACUUUUUAGUGUGUAUUACUAUACUACUUUAUUAUAGAAUUGCAAAAUCCAUAUUAGAACAUUUCCAACAUUCUUGAUAUAUAAAACCUAUGAAUAACUGUAUUUGAGACCCAAUAUUGUGCGAUGUUUUAGGUAGGUAGUAUUGCUUAAAAACAUAGAUUUUAAUUCAAAAGCUGUUUUGUCAAUGUCAAUUUAUUUUUUAAUAAAUUCUUUUAUGACAUAUUUUUGAGUAUCGGGGGGUCAAGUAUCCAAAAUCGUUACUGACUACGGACCUGCUCUGUCAGUCAGCUUGAUUAUGUCUCGUAACUAUAAUUUACUACAUCUCAAAACUUGUCUUAUUAACUACAUAUUAUAGUUGUUUAAUAAAAAACAACGUAAAUUGUAAUGAAAGUAAGAAAAUAAUAUGAUUUAUUUGCUUUAAAUAUUUUCUUAUAUAUAAAACGCCUAGAAUUGUGAUGCUUAUUAAUACAUAAUAUUAAUAACAACA